GUGCCAGCAGCCGCAGGCAGACUUCAGUUUACAGGGUCUGUAAGGGGCCAGCAACUGAGAGACAGCAUAAGUAGACCUAAGUGCUAACAACUGGAGGUGCUCCCUGGAUCAUAGGGACUUCUAUGUGUCCAUGGUGUGUCUGCAUGGCAGGUGGCUACUAAGGAAGUACUAGCAUAUCUCCAUCCUGCUUUGGCGGAGAUUGGAGCAGGAUCAGAUUGUUGAUGCUGUCUCUGGUUGUGAACACUGUGUCUUGGUUGAUCUAUCUAUCUCUGCCUAUAUAGGUAUGUAUAUGUGUGCUUUGUAUAUAUGUGUGUGUCUACUGGGGAUACAUACUGCACCUCACUACCAGUUGGACCUGGAUGCAUGCUGUAAUGUUUCUCUCUCCAUGCUCUCAGAUGCAGUGUGGCUUUCCCCUAGCAGUCUCAUUAGGUUUUUAAUCUCUACUGCAUUCAUCAGUGGAGAAAUAAUUGAAUAUCUCAUGUUUGUAGGGUCACACAAAGACCAUGGAGUCCAACCCCUGCCUCCACACAGGACCACCCAAAAAUCAGACGCAAUACCUGGGAGCGUGGUCCAGAUGCUCCUUAAGUUCCAGCAGUUCAGGUCCGUGCCCACUGCCCUGUGCAGCCCGUUCCAUCCCCAUCACCCUCUGGCGCAGACCCUUUCCCUGACCCCGAGCUGCCCCUCCCCUGACACAGCUCCAUGCUGUUCCCUUGGGCCCUGUUGCUGUCACACAGAGCAGAGUUCAGCACUGCUCUCUGCUCCCUGUGAGGAGCUGCAGCCGCCAUGAUGGCUCCCCUCAGCUCCUCUGCUCUGUGCUGAGCACACCCAGUGACUGCAGCCACUCCUCACACAUGUUGCCCUUCAGACCCUUCACCAUCUUCAUAUCUCUCUUUUAGACACUCUCUGAUAGUUUUAUAUUCUUAUUUAUCCUCACUCUUGAAUCUUCUGAUUCAAGAGGCUAUUGCUAAUAGUGGAUGAGAAGUCAAGUGGCGUUCCUUGAGGAAGUAUUGUAACAAUGGAUUAUCAGAUCAUUUAAAAUCAUUCUCUAGGAUCAAUUGCAUGUGAAUUCUUGUAGUGUGGUAGCAGCAUAGCUGCGAGGCAGAUACUCAGAAAAGUGAAGUGAAUAGCGUCCAAUUCUUGCAGGCUGUUUUAAUCUUUGAGAUACUGAAAAGCAUAUAGUUCAAUUUCUAAUGGAACUCAAAGCUCUUGACCUGUCAGGUAGCUUAUAUUUUUCCCCAGCAAGUUGUUCAGCAUAAAUUGCAUACUUCAUUUGUGCUCAAUAGUUCUUUAUUUUGGGAAAGCAGAAACAACAGAUUUGUAAGGCUUGAGUGGGUUUUACUUGCUUCUUUUACUUCACGCACGUCCAACCAGUGGCCUGCAGGCCACAUGUAGCCUGGCACAGCUCACACUGCAGCCUGCCGUGCAUUGUCAUGGCAGUGACUCUUCCCUACCACAUGGCCUGGCCCAGCCCCGGGACAUGGGGAAAGCACAGUACAGUGCUGACUCUGUUUCUUGUGUCUGCUCAGUCACACUGAAGCCUGUGUGUAUUACUUGUGACAUGUGCUUGUGCUGCUUGCUGAGUAAAACACAGUGAUUGCUGAUACUAAUACUAAUACCUCAGCCUGCAUACGGCAUCACAGAACAGAACCCCUAUAAAAGAAAAAUCAUGGAUGAAGAAAGAGUGUUCAAGGAAAAACGGACAGAUGGGUACUACUUUGUCAGGACAAAUAAUAUGGCACUAUGCUUAAUUUGCAAGGAAAUUUUGUCAGUUUUCAAAGAUUACAACUUAGGAAGACGCUAUAUGCAGAAACGCUGCCAAAUGCAAUGCAUACCAAGGAAUGCUUCAGAAAGACAAAAUUGCAGAACUGAAAAAAGGUGUCGUCUCAGUGAUAUUUUUUAAAAAAAAGUAAAACUCCAACAUACUCUGUUAUUAAAAACUAGUUGUGUGGUAGCAAAUCUAAUUGCAAAAAAAUAAAAACCAUUAACGGAGGUGACUUUAUUAAGCAGUGUAUGGAAAACAUGACAGACAUAAUGUAUCCUGAUUUAAAACAAACGAGCGAACAUACUUUUCUAGAGUCAGUUUGUGUCACCAGGCUGUAGCCAGGUGAACUGAAGAAAUGGGAACAUCUGUUGAAAGAAAUUUGGAGACAAAAGCUGCUAAUUUCAAAUUUUUUGUUUUGGUAAUAGAUGAAAGUGUUGAUGCUGCAGAUAUGGCUCAACCUGCCAUUUUCAGUAGAGGUAAUGAAGAAAAUGGCUUCUUUGGUGCCAUUAAAAGACACAAUAAAUAGCUUGAUUUGUAUGAAGCAGUAAAAAAAUACACUAAAGCAAUUUUCUUCAACCUUUGUCAACAUAUCUGAUGUGGCUACUGAUGGUGUCCCAGUGAUGGCUGGGAGAAAAGGACUUGUAAAAUUAAUAGAAGAAGAUGCAGUUGCCACUGACAACUCACAUUUGAUGAAAUAUCACUGCAUCGUACAUCAUGAAAAUUUAUGUGCAAAGGCCUUAGAAAUGGAUAAUGUCAUGCAAGUCAUCAUCAAAGCUGUGAAUUUCGUAAAAUCCAAUGGGUUGAAUCAUCGCCAAUUCCAGGAGUUCCUUAGAAAUACGGAUGUUGAUUAUGCAGACACCCAUUUACUUUUUUGCAGGAAGGAGGCUAAGUCAGGAUAAAAUACUAAAAAAAUGUAAUGAUUUGCAAAUUGAAAUCAAGUCCUUUUUGGAAUCAAAAGGGAGGCUUGUGCCAGAAUGUGAACAUCAAAAAUGGCUCACGGGUUUAGCAUUCUUGGUGGAUCUGACUGCUCAUUGAAAUGUGCUGAACAUACAUCUUCAAGGUGAAAAUCAACUUAAUCUGUGCUAUGUUUCAAACCAUAGUAGUGUUUGAAAUAAAGCUUGAAUUAUGGCAAGCUCAAGUUACGGCAGAUAAUUUCAUACAUGCAUCAGCUAAACACAGUCCUGUGAACAGCAAAAAAUAUGCAGCCCUGCUUUCUAUUUUGAUAAAGGGAUUUGAGAAUAGGUUUCAAGAUUUGUGAAAAGUCAUAAAUAUUUUUGGUAUAUUUGUGAUUCCAUUUUCAGUUGACAUAAAUACAUUGCCUUUGAUUUUUCAAACUGAAUGUAUAGAGUUGCAAGUAGACGUUCAACUGAAAAGAAAAAUGUGGUCAUGUCUCUUUACUGGACUUCCAUUAGACCUGUCUUAACAGAGAAAAAUAUCCCAUGCUUCACAGUCAUGCCUUUUUAAUGUCAACACUUUUUGGCAGCACAUACGUUUGUGAACAAUUAUUGUCAAGGAUGAAGUACAGGAAGAGCAAUAUUUCAUUAAAAAUCUCUGAUGAAGGCCUUGAGAGCUCACUGAGAACUGUGGCUACUUCAAUCCGACCAGACUUGGAUGCAGUAGUAUCACAAAAACAGUAUCACACUGGUUUUAUGUUUAUAAGUAAAAAUACUUUAUUUUUAACUAUAAAUUUUAUAUGUGACCUAAGAUAAUUCCUGAUGGCUCAAUGUGGACCAGGCAAGCUGAAAGGUCGGCCAGUCUAUUUUGUAUCGUCAGUGCUGUAGUAGCAGGUAGACCUGCUCUAUGAAGUUAGGGAACUAGUGCCAUCUGCUGGUGCUGAUGCAUUUCUUAAAACAGGAGAAGUGACUUGGCAGGAGAUGUGAGGAAUUUCUGGCAUUGUGCUAAAAAGAAUACUUGUACACAUCUGCUACUUUAACUUGUAAUUAUGUGGAUAAAGUAAGUAAUAAAAAGGCUUCUUAUCGGCUGUUUAUCUUAAGUUGGCUUAAUAAAGCAAGUGUAAGCAUUGGGCCAUAUUUCAUCCUGCUUAAGAAAAAUAUUCAUUUCUGGUAUGUUCUUUUAUUAAAUAGUGCUUGGCAAAUACAACACAAAGAAUUUUGUUUAAGUUGGCAGUAUUUUACAACUCCAUUUGGAAGAGUUUUUUCUACUAUCUCUGCAUCUUGCUAAACUCAGAACCUUCUCACUUCCACUAUAUUUGAAAUUACUGUUUUAAGUGGCUGAUAAAUUGUUUGACGUUAAAUACUCAAGAAUAAUAAAACCUGAAAACAGUUGAAGCAAAUGGCUGAUAUCUGAAGGCAGACGAUCCAUAAAUAUUCUGUUUACCCUGUCCUUCCAUUCCUUGAAGAAAGGUGUCCUGCACCUGAAGUUGUUUACCUGAGGUAAUAACCCUGUUAUUCUCCAGAGCCCUGUAGAGGCUUUUACAGUAGCUCUUUGGUCAUGCUUGUUCUCCUGCAAUAAAUGUCUGACUCGUAAAAUAUCCUGUCCUGUGAUGAAAACGUUUGCAGAAGCGAAGAUAAUUAAUAUUAAACUGGUGUUCUGUUUUCUACAAUUUAAGUGAUACCCUUAGCUAUAUAUAUUUUGUGUGUGUACUGUAUUUCAUCUGCAUGCAGUUACUUACAAACAUACUGCAGACUCAAAUCCUGAUUUGAAAAAUUUCUUUACUAAGUUAAUAUUUUAUUCUUAGAGCUGUGACUUUCACUUUAAUGCCAUAGUCCUUGUGAGUUGAGGUAUACCUGCCAUUGUUUUCUUUCUGCUUCCAGUGCUAUAUAACCUUAAUGCCUUUCAGUAAUUAUUCUGCAAAAUUAGUAGCAUCUGCUGCAUACAGCUGCUUCUCCUCAGGCUCUCUCCACUGUGAGCUCUGUUUUUUCUGCUUUUAAAUGAAGUAACGUUGUGCUAUAUUUCAGCAGAAGAAAAAGAAAAUGCUUAUGCUUUAAAUAGAGUGAUGUUGUAAUAACUUAUGAAUCCUUCAGGCAUUCACUUCAGUUCUGGAUUUGUACCUGGUCAAGGCAACUACCUGUUUUGCCUUAAAGUACUGAGUGGCACAAAUGAGAAAUACAGUUAGAUGAACCGUCAAGUUCAUCCAAACAGCAGUAGCAGUUUGAGGAAACCUUUAAAUAAAAUCAUUCUGGAAUAGUAGUGCUCUGCUCUAAUGUGUUAGUGCCUAGGAUCAGCAGAUGAGUCUGCUUUCCCAGUUCUCAAUGAGUAUCUCUAAAUAUAUUGAUUUUCUUUGUAUGAAGCAUUUCUAGUGCAUCACUAUCACUGUGCAACCAGAACGGGAAGCGUAUGGUGGAGUUUUAGGACAAACGUGACUGCUGGCACUUUCCUUACCACCUAAGUAGCACUUCCUUCUUCCAGCUUAACUCAGGUCUCUGGAUGGCAAACUCUGAAAAGAAAUGCUGGUAUGAGAGACACCAAAGAUGCUAACAAGAAAGAUUAAGCUCUGGGACAUUAAUGCCCAUAUAACCUGUCGUCUGUGCAAUGGAUACCUGAUUGAUGCUACCACUGUAACAGAAUGUUUACAUACAUUCUGUAGAAGCUGCCUGGUGAAAUAUUUGGAAGAAAACAACACCUGUCCAACAUGUAGAAUUGUUAUACAUCAGAGCCACCCCUUGCAGUAUAUUGGUCAUGACAGAACAAUGCAAGAUAUUGUUUACAAACUUGUGCCAGGCCUCCAAGAAGCUGAAAUGAAAAAGCAAAGGGAAUUUUAUCACAAACUGGGCAUGGAAGUUCCAGGAGACAUCAAAGGGGAGACAUGUUCUGCAAAGCAGCAUCUGGAUUCUCAUCGGAAUGGUGAAACUAAAACAGAUGAAAAUUCAAACAAAGAAACUUCUGAGGAAAAACAGGAAGAAGAUAAUGACUACCACCGAAGCGAUGAACAGGUAAGCAUCUGCUUGGAAUGCAAUAGCAGCAAACUGCGUGGAUUAAAACGGAAGUGGAUUCGCUGUUCAGCACAAGCAACAGUCCUGCAUCUAAAGAAGUUCAUUGCCAAAAAACUAAACCUUUCUUCUUUUAAUGAGCUGGACAUAUUAUGCAAUGAAGAGAUUCUUGGCAAGGACCACACACUCAAGUUUGUAGUUGUUACAAGAUGGAGAUUUAAGAAAGCACCGCUACUGCUACAUUACAGACCCAAAAUGGACUUGCUGUAAGAGAACUUUAUUGUCCUUCUGGACAGAGUUUUUUGCAGAGACUAUCAUCUGGCACCUUCUUAGUGCAUCACUAAUCACAUGAUAUGAAUCAGCCGUAUAAUUUUGGAAGACUGUAGUGCUUUCAUAGCUGACUGUCCUUCCGACUAUUUCUCCUGGGGAUGUGUUAUCUGGAUUUCUGGACAGAAAAUAUUUAUACUUAUUUUAUAUGAAAGAAAGAAAUCGAAACUCAACAAGACACUACCAGCACUAAGUUUACAGAUAUUGAAAACACUUCACAGUUCCAUGUAGCUCAGCCUGACUCAUCUCUUACAGUUACACAGAAAUAAGUUAGAAUGUUGUGGGGUGAUUUUAAAACGUUGCUUUUGACACCAAGUUGCAUUUAGUUACUUUUCACAUUCUGAAUAUUUAAAAAUAUAUUUUUGCAAAGUGUUCUUGUCUUAUAUAGUAUGCCUGAUUGCAUUGGCUUUAAUCAAGUUCUGUAGGUCAUUGAACAUAACUAACGGUAUAGUGACUGGUGAUAUUUAUUAUGCUGCAUUGAAAACUUUUGAACAUCUGGGAAAACAAUGGGUUUAUUUGUUGGUUUUAUCCAGUUGUUGCUCUCCCUCAGUUUCUGUUUUAGUAAAGUUUUAAUGCCCUUUUUGCAUGGUGAUUUGGUAAGAUUAAUAGUAAUCUCUGCAGCUGAUUUUAACGUGCCCUGAUAUUUUGCUGUGGCAUAUAUUGCACCACAUAAUGAUAAAUACUCAAAAGUGCUAGAUUUGUGAACUUUAAAUAUAUAUAUAUAUAUAUAUAAACAUUUCUUAUGUAGCUGUGGCUUGCAGAAAUCAGUUUUUACUGUAAAGAGAAUUUAUUCUUACUGGCUAUUGAAACACUGGCUCUUAGACAACAUUGGGUGAUAAUGCACAAUUUUCACUGAUGAAAAAUUCCUCAGAGAAGUAGAAGCAGCUUUAUAUUUUAGUAACAUCUUUGUAUUUUCUUCACCUGUUUUCUUGUGAAACCGAACUGUUUUCUUUAGCACAAUUACUUACUGUUUUGGGGGGUCAGACAAGAUGAUUUUCACACCUUCUGGCCUUAAUAGAUAACAGUACUUGCAUCAGCCCUAAAAGAUGCAAGGUAACAUACAUGCCAUGUAUGUGUGUACAUAUAUAUACACACAUAUAACUGUUUAUGUUGUGGAAUGCACCCUCAAUAGCACUUAGCAGUGUUCACUGCAUUGUUUGUAAGGCUUUUUGAAAUUGUCACCUUUUUAAAAACAGAGUUGAAAGUGAUUUCUGCAAGCUGUAUACUGUAUAGCACAUAUAGUACAGAUACAAGAGCGUUUGGCUGCCCGCGUAUUAAGUUACCUAGAACUCCAAACAUACUAUUAAUAUCUGAAAACAGUUAACCUUCUAACUUUUGGAAGGGUUUUCCAAUCAGCUGAAAAUGCUAGCUGCUAUACAUAUUAUUUUUUUAUAAACUGCCUUUGGAUAAGAAAGUAAGCUUGCUUGUAACUGCCCUGCUUUGUCUGUCUGUGCUUAUUCCUCUUUUCAGCAAGAAAGUAUUAUUUAUUACUGAUAACAGGAAGCUGAUAGUGCAAGAGGUUUAUCUCAGCAUUUUAAGUCAUCUUCUUGAGCUUUCAAAGCACCACAUUCCUUAGCAUAUCUCCUGCACUUUCAUUCUUUGGAGUCUUCAGCCCUCCUUUCUUGGCUGUGCUGCUGCUGCAGACGGGAUGCUCCAUUUACUCUUUAUCUUUGCAAAGUUAAAAUAUCUUUCUCAUUUUUAUUUAUAAUCACAGAUGUGAAUGGGAAGUAAAUCAAAAGUUAUGCAGGCAGAGAAAGAAAGGGAGCCUAUUGAAAUAUGGGGAUGUAAAGGAGAUGCAAAUGCUAAAAAAGGCUGCAAAUGUGAGGGCAAGAUGAUAGGUAGACUGAAUGCUUAUAUUAGGCAGAACUCCAUAUCCAGGCCUUUCGUGUGAGUAUGCAUGCACCUAUGAGCAAUGGAAUCAGAAGUUGGCUCCGAUUUUCUUCUGCUGUUUCCAGCUCAUACGUAUUUCAGCUUUUACCUUUGGUUAACAUGAAUUAGCACAUGAGAUCAUGAGUCUAUCUUUUUAUAAUCUUUAAUCUGAAAGCAGGUGUUACAAAUGCACAUGCAGACUGACAUACCGGGCCUUUCUGGAGCUGUUCAUGUUAUUAGUAUUCCAGUGUAAAUAAGGGACUGGCUGUAGCUAGUGAGGCACUGAGAGUACAAACAGGACUGUAAAUGGGCCUCUCUCUACACCUGACGUAGACGUAGAAUUAAGGCUCCCAGAGAAUAUGCUGAUUAAGGUGGUUUUUGUGUGUGCAUCUAUGUGGAUACGUACGCAUUAACUCACACUCUUUGCGUGUAUGCAUGCUUCCUGCCUGAGAUCUGCCUACCUCAGAAGGAGUGUAUUGCAGAAAGCUUUUGUACAUCUAGACUCUAAAGCAGUGCUCAUAAGGUGUGCUAGGAUUUUAGCACUUUCCACUGCGGUUGUGCAGUUGAGAACUCAGCUGCAAAAAAGCAAAUUCAGAAGCCUUUCAAAUCUUUCUCUUGCUAUAAUAAUUUGCAGUACAAAACAUAUAUUUGGAAGUUUGUAGCUCUCUUUAGAAUCACUUGAAUAUAUAAUGGUGCUACCAGUACAUUAAAAAUUCUGUUGAUAACAAUAUAGAUAGGUAAAUUCAAGGCAGUAUUAAUAUCUAUAAAUGCUUUUUUGUUGUUGUUGUUUUGGUUUGCUUGUUUGUUUGUUUCCUCAUUUAUGUGCAACUGCUUUUGCAGUGUCUUUAAUUUGAUAAAGCCUCAACAGUAAAAAGAAAAGGAUAAAAAAAAAGAGAAAUCCCAGUUAUUUUUCUAAAUCAUAUGUCAUAGCAUCAUUGCUAUAGCUAUUCUUUCCCUCAGGAGGGGGUGGGAUUGUAUCUGGACCAUAUAUUUAUUUACUCUAGCCUUACUAGUAGACGACAAUGCAAUUGCAUUGAACUGAGAGGGAGGCCUCCUUUGGGUCAGAGCUCUGUUUCACUUCUGUGAAGCUCAAGAGACAGUUAAUUUUUAUCAAGAUUAUAUAAUAACCGGGGUUCUGUUCCAACUUGAACUGAAAGUUGGACUCAGCAUAGAUAUCUCUCUGUCCUAGUGAGAUCAUACUCAGUUUAUUAUGGAUUUUGUUAAGAUGGCGCUACUGUGAAGUAGUUUUCACAAUUGCUUACGCUGGUAAAUAAUUGCAGUGAAGAAGUAUCUUGUUACAUUAUCCUCAGCAGCAAUGAGACUGAUGAAUCACCCACGCUCAGAGUCUCAUUAAAUAUAGUUUCAUUAAAAACAGAGAAUUCAGAUAGAAUAUAUGAUAUUAAAUUUAAAUAAGAUUUGGGAUGUUAAAAGUUAACUAUAAAAUUAUUUAUUCUAUUUUAGUCCUUCUGUCUUAUUUUGCCAUCCAAGUAUUUUUGGUUUCAAUGGUCCAACCUUACGUACGGGCAUAUAAAAUGAAAUUGUAAGAUGUUUUUACAAGCUUCUUCCUUUUACAUUGAGUUUAGUUAGCUUUUGUUUGUAUGUUUUUGUUCUGUGUGGAUAAAGAACAUUACUUAUGUUUUUGUGCAAUAGGUUUGAAACAUGCAUUUAUUAGGCAUAUGUUUAAGUUGUAAACGUAGCAUCUGCUUACCGUUAAAAAGGAACGUGGAUGGAAUUUUUGAUUUGUUCAGACGGGGUUUUGUUUGGGACUGUUACCUGGGAAGGUUGUUUUUUGGUUUGUUCUUUAUUUUAUUUUAAGAGUGAAGUGCGGGAUUUAAAUUUGUCUGAGUACAAGAACUGUCUGUCAGCAAUAUUCUGAAAUAAACGAUCUUGCAAGAAAUCUUAAUGUGAACUGUGGAAGCAAUCGGCAAGACUUGCAGCCUAUCUGAAAAUACUUUGUGCCAUUGUUAUGUCUGGUAUCUUUGUGUACCAUCAAAUCUGAAAAUAUUUAUUUACUAUUUUUGGUCGUGCAAUAGUGUACACAACACUAUCAUUUCUGGGGAUAUGGGACCAUAAAAAAUAUCAGACUACAACUAUGAUGGUGCUAUUUUUUCCAAUAGGCUAUGAGCUUUUGAAAGCUUAUCUGGCUCUUUUGUCUUCAUAACAGCAUAAUUAGCUGUAGGAGAUUGAUUUUUUUUUUUUAGUUAUUUUUUUUUCCUACUGGAUGGUAAAUGUAACCAUACAACUAGCCUGUAUUACAACAUGAUGCAUCUUACCAUUGAGCUAAAUAUAAUAGGAAAAAGCCAACCAGCCUGUACAUCAGCAGGUGAAUCUUAGUAGGCUUGUACUCUCAACAAUACUUAAGAUGCAUUUUGUUCAGAAGGCUGGACUGUACAGAAAAAUCUAGUUCCUCUACUUCCUCAGGUUAUCGCUUCAGUUUGGAUAUUUCACUGGGGAUGCUAAUGCUUCAGUUCCUUUGCAUAACGUUAAUAAGAGGAGAAAAUUUGUCCUGUACACCAGAAUCUGUGCGUAAGAUAUAAUUAACUGUAACUGAGAGGUCUUGGCAUCUGUUGCUGAAGUAAAAACCUAUAGAGAGAACAUUAAGGAAGAUGGGAACAAUACUUCAAUCUCUGCUUUCAUGAAAACUUGCAAUCAGUACAGACACUUUCUGGAAACUUGCUUUCUGUGGCAAGCUAACAACAAUAUUUUACCAUGGAUUUAUGAUUUAUUUGUAUACAAAUUAAAGCUCCAGUCGUGCUAUUUGAUCCAUGUUUGAUCUGUGGAGCUUCCUGAAAAUCUUUUAAAGCCGCAGUGACCUACCCAGUUGAGUGGUAAGAAGGUGGGAACUAAAUGUCCAGUUCUAUGAGUGCUUAUAUUGCUAACUUUGCAAAUAGCCUGAUGAUUCUGCAGAAACCAGAGGGUUCGUUCAGGUGAUGGUAGGUGUGGCUGGAGGAUGGAGUCUUGAUUUUCAAAGGCUGGAAUGAUGUUCCAGUGCUAUUAAUUUUUAUUCGAAACUGAAAACAUAGGUUUACUAGAAUCUUGAAUUCAAGUUACUUAUUCGAAGAAAGGAGAGUUCGUUCUUUCCUUCUGCAACAAGGUUAUUUUACAGUUGAGGGACAAUAAGCCAGUGCAACCACUAAGCCUUUAUUCUCUCAUGUGGCAUAAUAAAGAUACUGAAACUGUCACAGUGUAAAACCAUAUUUUUGGCUUAGCUUCAUUUGAAAGUUUACAAUUUUUUAUGCUUUGUGUUGCUGUGUAAUUUUUGUACUAUUGGUGGCUAGUUUUGUCUGAAUAAGCCUUUUUGGAUUAUUGCUUAAUGUUUUGAUUUUAUGAUAGUGAAGCUUGUAUUCAGUGUUUUGCCAAUUAAUAUUAUAUGCUUGUUAAUAAAAGCAGAGAAACUAACUGAAA